AUGGACCUGAUUGCGGAGGAGGUUCUCAAGAUGGUAGAACGCUGUGAUUCCCUGUCCGCUUUCGAGAUCGUCCACUCUUACGCCGGUGGCACUGGAUCCGGCCUGACAUCCCUGGUUGCGGAACAUCUGACCGACCAAUUCGGCAAAAAAUUCAGAUUCACGACUUCUAUUUUUCCAUCGGCUGCCUACUCACAAUCAACUGUUGACCCUUACAAUAGCAUUCUGUUCACUCACGCUGCUAUGGAGACCAUCGACUGCAACGUGGUCAUGGAUAACAAGGCCCUCUAUGAUCAGUGCGUGAAGAAUAUAUGCGACGACAAACCUUCACUCUCACUCAUCAAUCGAAUGGUAGCCUCCGUACUGAGCUCGCUUUUUCUCUCCCAUCGAUUUAUUUAUACCGGGUCACAGAGAGCCGACUGCGCUGAGCUGCUUACUAAUCUUAUUCCUUAUCCUAGAAUUCACUUUCCGAUGGUGUUCUACAGUCCAUUUGCCUCACGAGACCAACUGACUCACGAACAAGUUACGAUAAAACAGGUUACAACUGCUGCCUUCACUCAGGCCGCUGCAACCAUGGACACACCAAUUCAUGACAAAGCCUUCAUUUCCUGCGCGAUGCUCUAUCGAGGAGCUCAAAGUCCCAAGCUAGUCUAUGAUGCUUUACAGUACGUUAAGGGUCCAGCCUCUCGGAUGCUGAACAGCUUUGUUGAAUGGUGUCCUUCAACCUUUAAGAUUGGUCUUAACAGCAUGCCACCGAUUGCCAUGCCCACGGAAGCAAUUGCUCCGUCACCACUCUCGAUCUGUAUGGUGGCUGGCAACGUUGCGGUCGCAGAUGCCUUUGCUGUCAACAAUGAGAGGUUUGACAGGAUGUACCAGAAACGCUGUUUCGUACACUGGUUUGUUGGUGAAGGCAUGGAGGAGACUGAGUUUGAGGAAGCACGCGACGAACUGCAAACACUGCACGAUGACUACAACUCACUUGUCGCCGUCUCUGGUGAGGACGCGGAGGAGGAAGAGGAGGGCAACAACGCCAACGUGUCACGUCACAACUCAUCAGCAUUGCCGCCAACUGGUUUCGGGAGAGAUAACGUGAACCAGAACAACCGCGUCGUCUAUGAACCUCGUAUUGGUCGUGUCAUGCAGGUUAACCGAUCUGCCUCGCGUGACGGAGGUUUGCGCUCAGGUUCAAGGAGCUAUCGAGAGAAUGCUGUUAUUCCCCAGCCCUCGGCACGAAAUAUAGCACCACCCCAGGGUCUUUUUGUCACGCCGGAGGUGCCUGCGGCUACAAACAACAACUGGAUGCAGCCUGGACAGCGGGCCACACCGCGCAUGCUGCCACUACCUCGAGAUGAGCCCCCUAGUGUGGCCUCUGCCGGUUCUGUGGACCGUUACGACCACCGACAGUUUGAUGUCUCCACUGACACUCGUACGAAGGAGCGUAACUGCAACAAACCACACUGCUCACGCGCGGACAGUAGCCUUGCUUCUGUCGCCACCCUGCCAAUUGCCGUCUACAAGGAUAGCGACAGCGUCUGCGACAGCUGGGAUCAAGACAGCUGUUUCGACGAAAUGGCACACCGUGAAUCUGUUCCGCCUGCCUCCCGGUGGAACAAUUCACUGGUCUCAGUGAACAAGACGCCAAUUCCGAGCAGGUCCUACUGCCACCAGGCUUUUGUAGAUCAGGAAGACGAUGACGCCAGCGAGUUCCUACAGAUGAUAAGCCAAUCACAGUCGGCGGCGCCACGCGUCCCACGGCGUAGACGGCAAGUGUCGCUAUCGCGGUUGUCUACCACGAGCUACUUGCCUCCUGCUCAUAGUCAGCCAGGUGGUCAUCCGCCUGGCGACAAGUUUCAAACGCACGUGCCCAGAUGUCGCAAUACGAACACUCAUUACGAUGGACAUGAGGGCAACUAUCGUGGCUGCACUUCCGUCGCUCAUGUAGAAUAG